CCAUGGCUUUCAACAAAUUAGUUCUCGGCUUAGCAGCCAUCGCCGUUUUGGUGGCAGUGGCCAAUUGCCAAAGUCACAACAUGCUUUGGGGCCAAAGGACAGCCGGUGAUAGAUUAUUGUUCAAUUCAAUCGAAUAUGAAGAAUUCAAGCCAUUGCAAGUAGUUAAAAGAGAUGUCAAGUUCCCUAAGGAUGGACAAUUUAAUUACGCCACCAUCACCUGCAUCAAUGCCACUGAUCAAUAUGUGAACGACAAUGGAGGUUAUAUUUCUCUUUUGGAAGGAGGUGUAAACUACAACCACACAACUCUCCAUAUCAAAAGUCAAAGAAAUCACGGAUUUAACUUUAUGAUUGAUAUUUAUGGAUUUUAA